AUGAAUGAAACUACAGACAAACUUAACUCUUCUCUUAUUCUUCCUUUCAGCAAAGAUUAUGAAUUCUGUUCAAAUGGUGUGUAUUUCUAUUGUGGAAAGAUGGGUUCAGGUAAGACAUUUAACCUCAUUCGUCAUAUACUCAUAACAGAGCGUUUAGGAAACGACUCUUACUAUGACCAAAUCAUUAUAUCAGCAACUUCAGACUCUAUGGAUUCAACAGCGAAAACAUUUAUGUCAAAAGUUCAAGCCUCUGUCGUUAAAGUUCCAGACAGUGAACUCAUUGAAUUUCUUCAACGUUACAUUCGACGUAAGAGGAAAUAUUAUGCCAUCGUAGAGUUCAUACAGUCAGGAAUGCAAAAGACUUCUGAGGAGAUGGAAAGAAUUAUUGACAAACACCACUUACGUCAAUACUCAGGAGUUUACGAUAUGAAACGACUUACAAACUACAUUCUAUCAAAACUUUCAAAAUACCCCUUCAAAAAGUAUCCUUCAAACACUCUGCUCGUUUGUGACGACUUCGCCGGAAAAGGUUUAGUGUCAAAGCCUGA